AUGAAUCGCCUCUUCGGCUCGAAGCCUCAGGGCCCCAAACCCACACUGAGUGGCGCAAUAACCAACAUUGACACGCGCGUGGCCUCGAUCGAUACCAAGCUCAAGGCCAUCAACGGCGAGCUGUCAGCCUACCAGGAGAAGCUCUCGCGGAUGCGCGACGGACCCGGAAAGCAGGCCAUCAAGCAGAAGGCCCUCAAGGUCCUCCAGAAGCGCAAGGCUUACGAGGCCGAGAAGGAGAAGCUGGAGGGCCAGGUGUGGAACAUGGAGCAGGCCCAGAACAUGCAGGACAACCUCAAGAACGUCAUGACCCAGGUCGACGCCAUGAAGACGACCAACAAGGAGCUGAGGCGGCAGUACGGCAAGAUCGACAUCGACAAGAUCGAGCGCCUGCAGGACGACAUGGCCGACCUCAUGGACGUCGGGAACGACAUACAGGACAGCCUCGCCCGCUCCUACGAUAUCCCCGACGACGUCGACGAGUCCGAGCUCGACGCCGAGCUGGAGGCCCUCGGCCUCGAGCAGGAACUCGAGAUGGAGAUGGGCGGCGGCGUCGCCAACUCUGCCAUACCCGGCUUCCUCCAGGACGAGACCGUCCCCGAGUUUGUCGAUGAGCCGCCCCAGACGGACGACAAGGUCAAGCAGGUUGCUGGCUAA